GCGUCCCAUGGAUAUAGCAACAGGUCCCGAGUCGCUGGAGAGGUGUUUUCCUCGCGGGCAGACGGACUGCGCCAAGAUGUUGGACGGCAUCAAAAUGGAGGAGCACGCCCUGCGCCCCGGGCCCGCCACUCUGGGGGUGCUGCUGGGCUCCGACUGCCCGCAUCCCGCCGUCUGCGAGGGCUGCCAGCGGCCCAUCUCCGACCGCUUCCUGAUGCGAGUCAACGAGUCGUCCUGGCACGAGGAGUGUUUGCAGUGCGCGGCGUGUCAGCAAGCCCUCACCACCAGCUGCUACUUCCGGGAUCGGAAACUGUACUGCAAACAAGACUACCAACAGCUCUUCGCAGCCAAGUGCAGUGGCUGCAUGGAGAAGAUCGCACCCACCGAGUUCGUGAUGCGGGCGCUGGAGUGCGUGUACCACCUGGGUUGCUUCUGCUGCUGCGUGUGCGAGCGGCAGCUGCGCAAGGGUGACGAGUUUGUGCUCAAGGAAGGCCAGCUGCUGUGCAAGGGCGACUACGAGAAGGAGAAGGACCUGCUCAGCUCCGUGAGCCCCGACGAGUCCGACUCCGUGAAGAGUGAGGACGAGGAUGGGGACAUGAAGCCGGCCAAGGGGCAGGGCAGCCAGAGCAAGGGCAGCGGGGACGAUGGGAAGGACCCACGAAGACCCAAGCGACCCCGGACCAUCCUCACCACGCAACAGCGAAGAGCCUUCAAGGCCUCCUUUGAGGUCUCGUCCAAGCCCUGCCGGAAGGUCCGAGAGACGCUGGCAGCUGAGACAGGCCUCAGCGUCCGCGUGGUCCAGGUCUGGUUUCAGAACCAAAGAGCAAAGAUGAAGAAGCUGGCGCGGAGGCACCAGCAGCAGCAGGAGCAGCAGAACUCCCAGCGGCUGGGCCAAGAGGUCCUGUCAAGCCGCAUGGAGGGCAUGAUGGCCUCCUACACGCCCCUGGCCCCGCCGCAGCAGCAGAUCGUGGCCAUGGAGCAGAGUCCCUACGGCAGCAGCGACCCCUUCCAGCAGGGCCUCACGCCACCCCAAAUGCCAGGUGACCACAUGAACCCCUAUGGGAACGACUCCAUCUUCCAUGACAUCGACAGCGAUACCUCCCUCACCAGCCUCAGCGACUGCUUCCUGGGCUCCUCAGACGUGGGCUCCCUGCAGGCCCGAGUGGGGAACCCCAUCGACCGGCUCUACUCCAUGCAGAGUUCCUACUUCGCCUCCUGAGAGCCAGCUGGGCCCCAGGGACGCUUGGGCACAGGGCCUGGGGUGAGAACGCUGGCCUCAGCAGCCUCCACACGGCCCUGGCCUGCCGCCCACACGGACUCUACCGACAGCCAUACGGUGCCCUCCCCUCAGCCGGCCGGGCUUGGCGCACGUGUCCGCUGGGCACAGCCGGACAGGCAGAUGGGCGCAGCCUGGGCAGGAGCUGUGUCCUGCCCACAGAGACCUUGUCACCCCCAGGGACCCAGAGCUCUCGGACAGCCACUCGCCUCCCAGCCCCACCUCGACUCCAUCGCCUUCUCCCUCCCCAUCUCUUUUUUGGGAAGCGUAAAUUCUCUCUAUUUUUUUAAACGUCCUCUCUGUGUCCAGCCAACCUCCAUGCCCCCCCCUCCAUGUCACCCCAGGACGAUGAUGAUGUGACACAGUCAGUGCCUGGUACCUGAGAGCCGUGGGCACCAGCGCCCGCACUGUGCCCGUCUUUCCCUCCAGUGAGCACAGGGGCCACUUCUGAGGUCCCAGGUAGCCCAGGACCACUCCCCCAGCCGGAGCCUGGAGGGAAGUGGGGAGGAGCCCAGCAGGUGUGACAGGCAGACCCAAAGGGACAGACACACAUGCAAAUGCAUGCAUACCUACAGGCACCCCCCAUGCAAAAUACACGUGUGCGCACACACACACACACACACACAUACACACCCUUAGAACUGCUGAAAGAGGCGGAGGGAUGUUCUGUGGGUCUGCCUUGUCGGAAGGGGAAAGGGGGCCAUGAGGGACAGGGACUUCUCAAGAGCAAUUGGAGAGGGAGGAAGAGGAGAGGCAGGGUUGGGUUUGAGAUGUGUAGGCCCAGGUGUACCCUCACCUGGCCCAGGUGAGUCAGCCCAAGACCCAGCCAACUCCAAGGUCAGAGUUGGAGUCCCUGGCACAGGGAGAGUCGGGCCGAACAGCAGAACUUCCAGGUGGAAAGGGACUCUAAAGUCGCCUGCUGGGCAUGCCAACUGGUACCUGGCUCCCUCUCAGCCUCCUCUGCCCUCCUCACAUGCCUCCAGUGACUAGCACCCGCCAGUGGCCUUCCUGCUGGUCAGCUUCUGGUCUCCCAGUCCCUAGUCCUCGCUUCCCAGUACCAGCCUUCUCCAGCUCUUUCUCUUAAAGCUGCGCCCUGGGUGGGCUGCAGCACUCGUUCCCUCUGAAGGUGUGGGCAGCCAUAAGUCCACGCUCCGCAGGCCCACCGUGAGCAGGCCCACGGCCUUCCCUACUUCAGGACCCCUUCUGGCUAAUGUGGCCUGAGUGGUUUGGGCCCCUUGACCUUGGAAACUCACACUGCCCCUCUGUCACAAACCCCCCAGGCUUUGCACACAUGUGAUGACUAAGCGACACCUGUUCUCUGUGAGCAGGUGGGAUGGGAGGGGACAUUCAUUGUCUAGACACCUAGAGGGCCCCAGCUUGUUUCUGGUUGCAUUUCCUCUUACUUGAUUCAGCCAACCUGUGCGGUUUCCUCUGCAACCCAACUCUGUGACCACUGACUUUCCCUCCCCCUGGACACUUCUGCCCGUUAGAGGAAUGGCAGGAGGGCCAUGGGAGCCUGUCCCCGUUCAGCACUGGCCCAUAAACCAGUCCUCCUUGGGUGAUGGAAUCCGGGCACCCUGGUAUCCAUGCCCCUGCCCCGUCCCUUCAACUCCAUCCUGUCAGAGGAGGAAGGAAGGGCAAGCUGAUGGUCCUCAAAGAGCCCCCAUGACCUCUGUGUCCUUGUCCAGGUGCUCACAACCCUGCCUUUAAAUCUGAAGUCUAGCCCAAGGCCACCACCCUAAGGUCUGCCAAGUCCCACCUUGGAGCAAAUGAGGAUGACGAGGGGUCUCCCCCCACCUUCAGGCCCCUCUCCCUGGCUCCCCCUGGAAUCCUCCAAGUCUACCAACCUGCUGUGCCGUUUUGCUCCUCUGUCUACUGGGGAGACCUGGGUUCCUCUAGUCUCCUCACCCCAUCCUGCUUGUCACCAGACAAGAGCUGUCAGAGGGAAAGAUGGGGCUCAGCAUCACCAUUCAGGCUGAGGCCACCAGCCUGGCCCUUCUGUGCUCUUCUCAUUACAAAAAGGACCUUGCCAGGGACCUCAGCGGACAUCCUCAGUCCUCUGCAGCCUCUGCCCACCUAGGUCUGGGCCAGCCACGCCCCCUUCCUGACAUCCUCCCCUUUCUCUGGCACAGGCACAGGCUGACUUGUGCCCAGGACACCUGAGGCAGAUUCAGGGGAAGACACCCCAGCCCCCAGGAGACCUGGCCCUUCUCCUCCACACCCUCUAGGCUGGAAGGAUCACCGACAGUGGGUCAUGUAGCUCACCCCUCAUGUCACAGCUAGAAACCUGAACCCAGAGAGGCCUGCCCCAGGCCUUGCAGCAAGUGUCAGAGCCAGAGGUAGAAACAGGAGCCCUGCGCCAGCCCCCUUCCCCCGGCAUGUGACUGGCCUCCAGGUCAGGGUCCUGCCUUGUUCUGAGUGAACGUGCUGGCCCAGAGAGCCACCUCUUCCCACCCUGAGUCCAGCCCUGGCCUCUGCUGCCUUCAUGGAGGGCUUCUCUCUUAGGAGAUGCCCAGAUAUUAGGGACCCAUUUUUUUUAGGCCAGGAACCUGAGACUCAGUGCCCUGGGGCUCGGGGCAAGCUGAGAUGAGCAGGUUCACCCGCACCAUGGAGGAGGGGUAAGGAGUGACCAGGACCUCCCCAGCCCUGCCUGGUGUGGGCCCAUGAGCACUAUCCGGGCUAGGACAGGAAGCCCGAGGGAAGAGGGAAGAACUCUGGUUCCUGGGGGGAUGAGGCAGAAAGUGAGGGGUAGACAGGGGUGUCUUGGAGAAGGACCAGGUUCCACUUCUCUGCUGGGAGUGGAGCUCAGGGGAAGGAACCUGCCCCAGGUAGCAUGAGUCAGUGCAGAGGAGACAGGACGCCUGCUCCACCUUACCAGAGCCCCGUGGCCUGCUCAGGGCGACCUCCCCGCUGCUGUGCUAUCCCAGGAGAUCCAUGGAGGUCGCUGAGAUGGGGACAUGGUGGUUGCGAGAGGCCAGCAGAACCUGGAGGAGAAGGCUGGGGGGCCAGGGGCCGGGAGGGGUUCCUGGGGGGUGAACGAGGAGAGUCCGGGCACCGCGUCCACAUGAGCAAGUCCUGCCGGGGUCAGGUCCCCAACAUGGGGUUGGGGGCAGCCUCUUUUCCUUUAGGGGUUCUGCAGCCCCUGGCACUGAGGCUGCCCUGCCCACUCAUCUGGAUGUCUGUCCCCUCACCAUUCACGCAGGAGCCUAGGGGAUUGGCAAAAGCCCACCUGGCCCUGGCCUUGAGCUCUGGGCACCAGCUGGGGUGCGGGGACUCUGCAGCCUGGGGCUGGCUCUGCCCCGGGGAGGGUUCCACGCUCACGCACACACACUCACGCCCAGUGCUCACGGGGCUCCCAGGCACAUGCGGCCUGGGAUCGGGGGAGUGGGAAGGUGUGGCACUCUGUGUGGCACCAGAAGGUGCCAUUGCCAAUGAGCCUCUUGGCCGGGGCCCCUGUCCCAAACCGGGGUGACGGGGGCUCCACACAGCAGGCGUGGGAGCAGGCCACAGGCAUCCCUCCGUUUUCCGUGUACAGACUCACUGCCCCCUGCCAUCCCCACACACAUUUUAUUUAAUAACUUGUCAUUGUUAAAUUAUUUAUUAGCGUUUACCACACCACCACCCCCGCCUUCCACUCACCUUCUGCCUCCUCCCACAAAAGCAGGAAAUGGAAACAACAAGAAAAGAUGAGACAUCGGUAUAUUUGUAAAUAAACCAACCUGUACACACC